GUAGAGCGGAGAGAUCGUCAAUCUCCUGGACUAGGUGGCUAUCAAAGUGUUCUAAGCUGUGGGUCAAGCGAGUCUAUGGGUACAAAAUGUCGACCACCUCGUGCACUUCCACUAUCCCCAAAGAUACCCAGUAUUCGGAUAUUGAUCCUCAUCUGUGUGGCAAUCAUAUCACUGCUGCUCAGCCUCUGUGCUAUUAAUAUGAACAAUCUCUUAUCCCCGUUUCGGCUCCUCCGGUAUACGGUGCUGUGUGCAUGGUAUAUUGGCUCACCCAUCCAUGCCCGACAAAAGACGAAUCUAAUCGUCGACACAGAUCUCUUCUCAGACGUCGACGAUGCCGCAGCACUCCUCCUAGCUGCCACCCUCCCAAACACAAACCUACUAGCCGUCAAUGUGAACACAAACUCAAGCUACUCCGCCAUCGCCGCCUCCGCAAUACUCAACCACUACGGCCACCCCUCCGUCCCCAUCGGCCUUCCCCAUCCCCAUGUCAACUCCAGCUUCUUCGACACCUGGGCCUACGAACUCGGCGAGUACGCAAGCAAGAUCGCGUACCACUGGUCCGGCGGCUCCGUCCCCUGGUUCGACGUCGCGGAAAACACCUGGGAUCCCGUGAAACUGUACCGCAAGACUCUCGCCGAGGCCGUCCCCGAAGAUGAAAAGGCGACAAUCGCCAGCAUAGGCUUUUUCCAGAACCUCUCCGGCCUACUCAACUCCACCGCGGACGAGUACUCCCCGCUCAGUGGGCCCGAGCUCGUCUCGAAGAAGGUCGGAAAACUUGUUGUCAUGGGCGGGGGAUAUCCUUCCGGCCACGAGUUCAAUUUCUGGGGCAACAACCCGACCUAUACUGCACAUGUCGUGAAUUCCUGGCCGAGGGACGUCGCGAUCACGUUUCUGGGCACCGAGGUUGGUGAGGCGGUGGCGACGGGUGCGGAACUCAGUGUCAAGGGCCCGGCGCGCGAUCCCGUGAAGGCUGGGUAUGAGUGGUAUGUUGGAUACAAUACGACGAGGUCGUCGUGGGAUCCCUUGACGGUUGCGUAUGCUUGCCAGGGGCUGGGAAGUUGGUUUGAGUAUGGUAACGUAAAUGGUUAUAACUUUGUGUGGCAGAAUGGUAGCAAUGUUUGGGUGAAGGAUGGGUCGGUGGCCAAUCAGCAUUACUUGAAAUUGAGGGCCGGGAAUGAGACAGUGGCCAAGGAGCUUGACGGUCUCUAUCUCAAGGGGGCGCAUAAAUGGCAGAAGGCAUGAACGCGCUUCAGGUUCCUUGGACUUUAGGCGAUGUAUACGUAGACGUGAGACUGGUAUUGUAUGUCCACAUCCAUUCUCUAAAUAUUGAAAGUACGAUAAUAGAGGGAAAAUGUAUAGAUGCAGGUGUGUAUUUUCAAGGCCUCCAGUAAACGUCUUACAUACGCACAGUGCCAUCGGC